GUUGGCCAAACACGUGUUUCACUUGGACAAUAGUGAGUGGUGCACACUUCCUUCGCCCGGCCGAAGAACAAAAAUAAAGUCCCAUUUAAGAGUUGCUGGUGUAACAAUAGGAAGAAUAUAUUCCACUCCUCUCUUCUACACGCGGCUUACGAGAUGAACGCUCGUCAAGAAGAACGUCCCCUUCAGCAGCAGGAGGAUCCACAGCCCCCCCACAUUAAAGAGGAAAAGGAGGAUCUCUGGGUUACUCAGGAGGAAGAGUUUCUUCCAGGGCAGGAGGAGGCUGAGCUCAGGAAGUUUCCACUGACUGUUGUCUCUGUGAAGACUGAAGAGCAUGAAGACAAACCACCUGAGUCCUCACAGCUUCAUCACAGUCCAAACGUCUGUGAAGAACAUCUUCUCCCUGAGCAACAUCCUAACAGCUUUAGGAUGAAGCCACAGCCCUCCCACUUUAAAAAGGAAGAGGAACACCCAUUUGUCCCCCAUUUUAAAGCGGAAGAGGAUGACCCACUGACCAUUCACAUCAAAGAGGAAGAGGAGGACCUAUUGACCCCACAUUUUAAAAAGGAAGAGGAGGACCCACUGACACCCCAUUUUAAAGAGGAGGAGGGGGGCCCACUGAGCCCUCGUAUUAAGGAGGAAGAGGAGGACCCACUGAGCCCUCACAUUAAAGAGGAAGAGGAGAAACACAGCAUCAGUCAGCAGGGAGGACAUAUUGAAGGACUGGACGGGGUUAAUGUCACCAAGAUGCCAGUGACUGGUGUCCCUGUGAAGAGUGAAGAUGAUGAGGUCAAAGGUGAAAGUGAGGAGAAGAGAGAGGCGGAGCCUCCAAGCAGCAGCUCAACACAACACAUGACAACAGAAGCUGAUGGAGACCACUGUGGAGGAUCACAAGCAGACAAGCUCUUAGCUCCACUAUCAGAUAGUGAGGACACAACGUCACACUCUCCUGACACUGAUGAUGAAGACUCUAAAGAUGAUAAGACAUGUCACACUCACAACACUCACUUAACAUGUUCUCACUGUGACAAAACUUUUAAAUAUCCUAGUUAUUUGAAAAGACACAUGAGAACACACACUGGAGAAAAAACAUUUUCAUGUUCAAUCUGCGGGAAAGGUUUUGUAAUAAGUCAGUGUUUAAAAGUACACAUGAGAAUACACACUGGAGAAAAACCUUUUUCAUGUUCAAUCUGCGGUAAAGAUUUUACUCAAAAGCACCAUUUCAAAGUACACAUGAGCAUACACACUGGAGAAAAACCUUUUUCCUGCUCAGAAUGUGGUAAAAGUUUUGUAAUAAAUCAAAGUUUAAAAGUACACAUGAGAACACACACUGGAGAAAAACCUUUUUUAUGUUCAAUAUGCAGUAAAGAUUUUACUCAAAAGCACAAUUUCAAAGCACACAUGAAAUUACACACUGGACAAAAACCUUUUUCAUGUUCAAUCUGUGGUAAAGAUUUUACUCGAAGGGACCAUUUCAAAACACACAUGCGGAUACACACUGGAGAAAAACCUUUUACUUGCUCAGAAUGUGGUAAAAGUUUUGUAAUAAAUCAAAGUUUAAAAGUACACAUGAGAACACACACUGGAGAAAAACCUUUUAUAUGUUCAGUAUGUGGCAAAAGUUAUACAGAAAGACAGCAAUUAAAAUUACACAUCAGAACGCACUCUGGUGAAAAACCAUACUCUUGUUUAAGCUGCCACAAAAGCUUUCGUCACCAAAAAUCCUUUACAGUACACAUGAGAAGACACACAGGUGAGAAAGUGUUGAGUUGCAGUGUGUGUGGUGAAAGGUUCUCUUCUAAGUACCAGUGUAAGAAACACAAGUGUGCUGGUGAGAACAGCAGCAGCAAAUGAAACUGCAGGAAUUGAAAUAAACUGUCAAAACUUAACGUUGACUUGAUAACAACAUCAGCGCAUAUAACAUGUGUGACAUCAUUGUUGUGUGUGUAACACAAUCUUGUUAAUAUGAUUCUAGUAUUUAUAGAUUCGACACUUCAGAUUAGUGCUUUUAUUUUAGUCAUGUACAUGAGUUAAUAUACACAUUUGUGUACUUUAAAAUGAACACAACAAUUUGACUGAAAAGGCGAGAAUAAACAGUACAUAAAAUAUGUUACAUACAAUAAACAUUUAAUGUUUAGAUAUUCAUAAUUCACUUUUAUACUAAUUCAUAAUAAUGUUUUAUUUUGGUUUUUUGAAUAAUCAAGUGUUACAUAUUUUGUUUUCUAAUUGUAGAUGAUUCCAUAGAUGAACUCCUUUUACAUGAUGUACAUAUUUGUUUUACAUGUGUUCAUACCUUUGCUUUUGAGUACACAUAAAUCCCUCUUAGUUCAUAUUUACUGGUUCACAUUUGAAACAUCUUCUGGACCACUUCUGGAAGCAUAUUAUUUACUUUAUACAUCAUUUCAGCAGUUGUCUUUUAUACAAGAGUAUUUACUUUUAAAAUGUAUGACAUUAUGAAUCAUUUGUUGGGUCUCUAUAAUCCAUUCUAUUAAUUUUCUUUAUUACUUUCUUUUGUAAUAUGAAUAUUGUUGUGUGAUUGUUUUAUAUGUGAGUAUGUCCCCAGACUUUUAAGCAAUAAAACAUGUAUGUUUCAACUGGAA